CCGCCGUAGCCGCCCGCUGCCGGGGGUGCGGCGCUCCGGGGUCGCGGUGUGAGGGGCGCGCAGGCCGCGGCGGCUCCGCUUCCCCCCGGUGAGCCCGAUGUGAGCGGCCCGCGGCGGGGCCGGGUAGCGGGGCCAUGAAGAAGGACGUGAGGAUCCUGCUGGUGGGAGAACCCAGAGUUGGGAAGACAUCGCUAAUUAUGUCUCUUGUCAGUGAGGAAUUUCCAGAAGAGGUUCCACCACGUGCUGAAGAAAUCACCAUUCCGGCUGAUGUCACCCCUGAAAGAGUGCCAACCCACAUAGUGGAUUAUUCGGAAGCAGAACAAAAUGAUGAACAACUUUAUCAUGAAAUCUCACAGGCGAAUGUGAUUUGUAUAGUAUAUGCUGUUAACAACAAGAAUUCCAUUGAUAAGGUAACAAGUCGAUGGAUUCCUCUCAUCAAUGAAAGGACAGAUAAAGAUAGCAGGUGCAUAAAUAAAGAUAAGAAGUGUGAACUAGGCUUCACAUCGAUGGGUAUCAGUGGACAGUGUUGAGGAUAUUAAUUAAGAAAAUCAAAUUCUAAGCUUAAAAGUUGAUGUAAGAAGUUCAAGCAACAAGAGAUUUAAAGCUGCCUCUUAUAUUAGUUGGAAACAAGUCUGAUCUAGUGGAGUACAGCAGUAUGGAAACCAUUCUUCCCAUUAUGAAUCAAUACACAGAGAUAGAAACAUGUGUAGAGUGUUCAGCUAAAAACUUGAAGAAUAUAUCUGAACUAUUCUAUUAUGCACAGAAAGCUGUUCUGCAUCCUACAGGUCCUCUUUAUUGCCCAGAGGAGAAAGAGAUGAAACCUGCCUGCAUUAAAGCACUCACUCGCAUUUUUAGAAUUUCUGAUCAGGAUAAUGAUGGUACUCUCAAUGAUGCAGAGCUCAACUUCUUUCAGAGAAUUUGUUUUAAUACACCGUUGGCUCCUCAAGCUUUGGAAGAUGUAAAGAAUGUAGUUAGGAAAAAUGUAAGCGAUGGAGUUGCAGACAAUGGAUUAACUUUAAAAGGUUUUCUUUUUCUGCACACACUUUUCAUUCAGAGAGGAAGGCAUGAAACAACAUGGACUGUUCUGCGUCGCUUUGGAUAUGAUGAUGACUUGGAGCUUACCCCAGAGUACUUGUUUCCUCUGCUGAAAAUUCCUCCAGACUGCACGACAGAAUUAAAUCAUCAUGCAUACUUGUUUCUUCAAAGCAUUUUUGAUAAGCAUGAUUUGGAUAGAGAUUGUGCUUUGUCUCCUGAUGAACUGAAAGAUUUGUUCAAAGUCUUUCCUUAUAUGCCCUGGGGGCCUGAUGUUAACAACACUGUUUGUACAAAUGAAAGGGGAUGGAUUACCUACCAGGGGUUUCUCUCUCAGUGGACACUAACCACAUACUUAGAUGUACAGCGUUGCCUGGAGUAUCUGGGUUAUUUAGGCUACUCAAUACUUGCAGAACAAGAAUCGCAAGCAUCAGCAAUUACAGUGACAAGAGAUAAAAAGAUAGAUCUCCAGAAAAAGCAGACUCAGAGAAAUGUUUUCCGAUGCAAUGUUGUUGGAAUGAAAGGCUGUGGGAAAAGUGGAGUCCUUCAGGCUCUUCUUGGAAGAAAUCUAAUGAGACAAAGGCAAAUACGUGCAGAACACAAAUCGUACUACGCCAUAAACACAGUCUAUGUGUAUGGACAAGAAAAAUACUUGCUGCUACAUGAUGUCAGUGACUCAGAAUUUUUGACUGAUGCUGAAACUAUAUGUGAUGUUGUCUGCCUGGUAUAUGAUGUCAGUAACCCUAAGUCCUUUGAGUACUGUGUCAGGAUUUUUAAGCAACACUUCAUGGAUAGCAGAAUACCAUGCUUAGUGGUAGCUGCAAAGUCUGACUUGCAUGAAGUUAGACAGGAAUAUAGUAUUUCUCCGGCUGAAUUCUGCAAAAAACACAAAAUGCCUCCACCUCAAGCCUUUACCUGUAAUACUGUUGAUAUGCCGAGUAAGGAUAUCUUUGUUAAACUGACAACUAUGGCAAUGUAUCCCCAUGCCCGGUUACGCUGUAUGUGCGCCUGCAACAGGUGUACAUUUUGCAUCUGUCAGAACUUCCUCAACUCAGACUUGCUGCAAUCUGUAAAGAACAAACUCUUCACUGCAGUUCUUAACAGGUUAAGAGCCCACAUAGAUGAGUUGGGUGCCAUGCUGUUAGCAGACGAGGAGAGCAGUAUUAUGCAUCAGGUGCACGCCGUCAGCUUUGUAGAAGAUUCCAUCUUCAUGGAGUCAUCUCUUGGUCCACGUUUGCUUGAAGACAGGCACGUGACACAAGCGGACCUCAAGAGCUCCACGUUUUGGCUCCGAGCAAGUUUUGGUGCUACCGUCUUUGCAUUUCUGGGUUUCGCUAUGUACAAAGCAUUAAUAAAGCAGCGAUGAUCUGAGAAGAAGCACAUCUGGCCCUACCAAAUGGAAAUAAACUUUUAUGUACAUUCUGAAUGCUUUAAAUUCCGCUAGAAAUAUUUAUAUAUGCAGAGUUACUUUAUUAAUAUUUGUAAUUCAUGCAUAAGAUUAUUUUAAAUUAUAGUUCUAACUGCAGUAUUGCAAAUUGAGCGGGGUGGGGGGUCAGGGGAGGGGAAGGAAUCACAGCCAGCUCCAGUGGCCAAAAGGGAAUUGUUGUAAAUAACGUGUACAUAGGAGAGCAGUAUGGCAUUGCUUCCCAGGCAUUCAGAAUGCUGCUCCCAGGCGUUCCCCACGGUGACGUACUGCUGUAAGCUGACCUUCAUUGUCCAUAGAGUAGGUUCAACCCGAGGAUCGUCCUUCCGCAAGGAUCGCUUAUUUAUUUCACCUUCAUUUGAAGUGACUCCAAACUCAACCACAAGUUGUGACUCUAACAGCCGACCUUCCCCGCUGUGAUGUACUUCAGAACAAGUCCUGCCCUUUGGUUUCCUAUGUUGUACGACCGCGUCCUGCUCAGAACUCAACUAUUUCUUUUCAAAGGAAGAAACACAAACUUCAACAACUGCCAGACCAACUUCACCCGCUGCGUGCAGCUCUUACUCGUUUCCACUGCGCUGUUUUAUAUCCCUGAUCGAUCAGACGAGGACGUUUGUACGUUAUAAAUGUUAAUCAUUCAACAAGUGCUGCUGUUCACUUGCUCACGGCUGUCGGUGCCACCUGACGGCAGCUGUGCAUCACAUAGAGCCGAGUAGUGCACAGUGCCUACCUGCUGUAGUCUUAGUUGCAUGGUUCACAGCGCAUCCUGUACCUGGCUCCAGUUACCCUCAGACACAGCUUUUCUAACAAUCAAGUAAAUAUCAAUUCCGCCCUCAUAUCGAACCUAUUUUUCCAUUGCUGCCUUUUCAACUAUUUCAAUAAAAUAACUGUGUACUGUGUUGGUC